AUGCUUACUGUUGAAUGUUCCGGGACGCCGUACGAGAUCGGCCAAUCUCACGGUUCUCUAGCCAAGGAACAAAUCGGACGCUGUGUGGAUUUUUACGCUCGUCACUUCUGGCAACAGAGCAAGCAGACUUGGGUGCAGGUCCAAGAAACGGCGCGAAGGUUUGAGCAGAACAUAAAGUCGAACUGGCCUCUCUAUCAUGAUGAGAUUAGGGGCAUUGCAGAUGGAUCUAGUCGUGAUAUUAUGGAUAUUGUGGCUCUUAAUGUUCGUACCGAAAUUGCCUUUGGUCUUUUCAGCGAUGGCUGCACAAGCUUGAGCUGGCAUGGCAAGGAAGGAGGAAAACUUGGUCAAAACUGGGAUUGGAUGCCGGAGCAGAAGCAGAACUUGCUCAUUUUAAGAAUUAAGGGGGAUGGCAAAAGACCCAGCAUUGCUAUGGUUACUGAGGCUGGGAUAAUCGGGAAGAUUGGCUUCAAUGAUCAUGGUGUUGGGGUUUGUCUCAAUGCCAUAAGAACUAAAGGUUGCAAUCCAGAAAAACUGCCAGUCCAUCUUGGCCUAAGAAUGGCUUUGGAGUCUUCCUCCGCGGCCGAAGCAGCUGACAGAAUGGAGGCUAUUGGAAUGGCAAGCUCUGCUCACAUCAUGAUCGCAGACGAAAGCCAGGCAAUUGGAUUCGAGUUCACGGCGACAACUUUUGCGAGACUGCCAAUGGAUGCUAAUAAGUGUGUGGUACACUCCAACCAUCUUCUUGGAGACCAUCCGAAUGUCUACGAGCCAGGUUGGCUGAAGGAUUCCCCUUUAAGAGUUGAUAUCAUGAACGGCUUGGUCACAAGGCUUGCCGAAAACACGUCCGAGCCAACAUUUGAGGAAUUUGGAAGGUUGUUUGAGGACGAGCAGAAUUAUCCAGCUGCCAUAUGCCGCAAGCUCGAGGGGGAUAGUGGCGCCGAAACUUUGUUUAACAUUGUUAUGGACUUGAAGAAUAAGGUUGGUGUGGUGAAACUGGGACGGCCUGUGGCAGUCGAGGAAACUGUAAACCUCAGCUUUCUUUAA